AUGGACGACAAUAAUGCGCAAAGCUUCGCUUCUGCCUCUCCUCCGCCGCCGCCUCCAAAAGAACAUCCUCCUCUUCAGCGUCUGCCCUCCCUUUCCAGCACUAUCUCUGCCGCGCUGAAACCCUUCUCUCCCGUCUCCUCCUCCGUCCGCCGAAAACCUCUACCUUCCACCAUCUCACCUGUCCUCACGUCGCCUGAGGCUCAGACGACUCAGACACGGGUAGAGUCACCGUCAAAGACAAUACGGAGAAAGAGAGUCCCGUCUGAUGCUGUACGCCAGACGAAUUUCGAUAUAAAUCCCCCCAUUCUCAAGCGGACUAAUACGAGCGAUAACAACCCGAACAAGACAGUCACAGACGCUCCCCUCCCUCAACCUCCCGGUGACGCCGUCACAGCUUCUCCCAAGCCCAGUCACGCCUCCAAACGAUCAAAUGGCUACUCGGUAGACAGCGUUGUUGUAGAGGAGGAUAUGGGAUUGAAACCCGGGUCGAGGCCUCCGCCUCUGCGGACGGACUCGACCUCGUCCACAAAAUCACUAACAGUGAUUGACGCAAAGAAACCUCAGACUCCGGGUAGCAAGUUUACAUCCUUCUUCAGCCGCAAACCUGCCGCGUCGCCGAGCACCGAAUCUUCGGUCACAGACAUCUCGGAUAGAAAAUCUCCCCUACCAUCCCCUUAUGGUCCUUCACCCCACGCUUCAGCACAUUCCUCGCAAGGGUACCCAUUCCCGUCGGCUGUCCCGAGGCCUCCAGCGUCACAGCCCUCCCAGGACUCAAUUGACUUUGAUGGAAGUACGUACGCCCAGACGUUGGCCAACAACGAUGGCAACAGAAUCUCCAAGCUCGAAGCCGAACUCCGCGACAUUAGCACGGAACUUGCCAAUUCUAUCAAAAGAGAGAUGGACCUUGAGGACCUAGUCGAACAGCUUCAGACGGAGGGCGCCAAUGUCAACCGAGAGACUGAUCGCACAAGUGAUUAUUUCUCAGAUUCUGGCACGAGUUCGAUCAGGCCGUCGACGAGCGAAGGAAACUCCAAGGAAGAGAUCCAGAGGAUCAAGAGAGAGUCGGAGCAGCUUCGAGCGCAGCUCAAGGUGGAGAUGUCACAAAAAUGGCAAAAUGAAAGGUCAAGCCGGCAGGCUUUGGAAUCUCAUAUUCAGAUCCUCGAGCAGAAGCUCUCGCUGUCCCGUCGAGACAAUAACGAAUCUGCGGAUAUUAAUGCGAGGGCGAGGGAGUUGGAAGGGGCCCUCGAAGACGCUAAAAGGCGGCUGCUUGAAGAAAGGCAGAUCAAGGAGAAUUUUGAAGACUUGCUGACGGCGCUUCGCGUCGACUUGGAGCACCAUCGGAACGAAAGAGACAACUUGCGGGAUGAAGUAGUACCUCAACUUCGCUCACAAAUCGAGGGUCUCGAGGCGAGCUUGUCCGAAUCACAGAAAUCACCCUACGAUUUUACGCGAAUGCAACAGGAGCUGCAGAGUCUCCGAGACGAAAACAAUGCGCUGCAGAGUGCCCGUGCGAUGAACAUGCAAUUCCAAUCGAUUGCAGAAGAAGGCGAAAUCGUUGAAUCACCAAGAACUUCAACGGUUCCAGGUCGUGGUAGCGGUCUACAAAGGUCAAAUACCAUUUUGAACAGAUCGAACUCUAGAGCAACGCCAAACCGGUCGAAUUCCUUAUCGAGGUCGAACUCGGUGGCUAAAGGCACAACCACAGAGAGCCAGCAAUCCCUCGCCGAUCAACUGAAGGAUGUGACAGAACAAAGGAAUGCAUUACAUUCAACCGUGAAGUAUUUGUUAAGAAGACAAGAGGCACAAAGACGACAGUUUGAGAAGCGCCUCAAUCUCACCGAAGCCGAACGUGAUCGAGCAGCUUCUUUGCACGGGCCUAAAAAGGGCGGUUAUGAACGGGAAGUGCGGACGCUGCGCUCAGAGAUCAAUCUCCUUCGGAAGAGGGCGGAUGACGCGCUGGAACAAAAGUGGCAAUGUGAAAAAGGACUGUCCGGGUUGAAAAUGGACCUGGACAGAAGCAAGCAGGAAACUACUAGUUUGCAGACACUGUUACAGGCUCGUGACGAGAGUGCACCCGAAGUCCUCUCAUCGUCACUUGAGCAGGCCCUGCGUCAAUUGGAACAACAGCGGGAUCAAGCUCGGCAGCAGGAAUCCCUUGGCUCAUUGAAGCAUGAGCAAGACCUUGCCGGCGAAUUGGAACUGUCUGCACAAAGGUCUGAGUCGUUGGCCGCCCAGGUCAGGAAACAAAUGCAAGCGAAUGCCGCUUUGAGGAACCGACUCAAGACCGCGGUGGAGAAGGGUGAGCAGAAUCAACAAGCAUCGGCUGAACAAAUCAACGAACUCCAGACCAAGCUCCGCAAAUUGGAAGACACCAUCACUGUCGCUCAAAUGCAAUCAGAAACCGCAGUGAUGAAGCACGAGGAGGAAGUGCGCGUGUUGAGAGCCAGCCACAAUAUCCAGUUGAUGCGCACAAAAUCUGGACACAAGUCACCAGGGUACUUGACGCCCCUGCCUCGGUCCCCGAUGUCCCCAUUGUUUGCCAAUUCCAAAAAGAGCCCCCGUAUCAACCAGACGACUUCGGGCCCUGGCAUGGCAUUGCAGCAGGCCUUGAAGACGGAGUAUCUGGAAAAUAAGGUAGCCGAGCUGGAGAAAGCCCUCUCGGAAGCAGAAAAGGAGAUGGGAGAGGUAGUUGGGCGGAUGAACACGGCUCAAAUGGGAGUUGCUGAGCUGGAAUCGGAAAGGGACGAAGCACUUCGCCAAACGCGACGGCUUGAAGCAGCCAUUGCUGCAGAACGAGAGAAAGUGCAGGCGCUUCUCAACGACGACUUUAAUUAUAGCUACGCUUCGGAUUAUUAA